AUUUUCUAAUUGGCUGGAUGUAUAAAUUAACGUGAAAUUCUAAUUUCAAAUUGGCAGAGCAUACAAAUACCUGGUUGCUUGCAAGAAUUUUGCUCUUAUUAAGUAGAACACAGCCGUCAAUUAGAGAGUUUGAUCUGAAAAAGAACUCCCAGCAAGUCCAUAUAUUGUUUGUAAUAGACAAAUUCUCUUUCAGGGAAUAGAGAGGAUCUCUGAAAAGAUGAGGGGAGCAGUUCUUGUAGCACUUGUUGCUGCAUUGGGGAAUAUGUUGGAAGGAUGGGACAAUGGAACCAUUGCAGGUUCCCUUAUUUAUAUCAAGAAGGAAUUCAGUUUGCAGACUCAACCUACCAUGGAAGGGCUAAUUGCAGCCAUAUCACUUAUUGGGGCCGCCAUUAUUACAACAUUCUGUGGACCUGUGUCAGAUAUACUUGGACGGCGUCCCAUGCUGACAAUUUCUGCAAUUAUGUAUAUUUUCAGUGGUUUAGUGACGCUAUGGUCUCCCAAUGUUUAUGUCCUUCUUAUGGGAAGGGUGCUGAAUGGGUUUGGAAUCGGCCUUGCUAUUACUCUUGUUCCUGUCUAUAUUUCUGAAACUGCCCCUUCAGAAAUUAGGGGACUAUUGAAUACCUUCCCACAGUUUAUGGGUUCAGGUGGAAUGUUUCUAUCAUAUUGCAUGCUAUUUGGAGUUUCAUUGAUGGACUCACCACAAUGGAGGCACAUGCUUGGGUUUCUUUCAAUUCCUUCUGUUGCUUAUCUUGCAUUGACAAUUUUUUACUUGCCUGAAUCUCCAAGAUGGCUUGUGAGCAAAGGAAGGAUGUGUGAGGCUAAACAGGUUUUGCAGAGACUUCGUGGCAGGGAAGACGUUUCAGGUGAGUUGGCUUUGUUAGAUGAAGGCCUUGGUGUUGGGCGUGAAGGAUCCCUAGAGGCGUUCAUAAUUGGCCCAGCCAGUGAGGGAAAGGCCAUUGAGAAAGGGCAAGUGAAAUUAUAUGGGCACGAGGAGGGUCUCGCAUGGGUAGCCACACCUAUAACUGGACAGAGUAAUAUUGGCAUUGUGUCUCGCCGUGGAAGCACGGCAAGCCAGAGCAUGCCGUUCGUGGAUCCUCUUGUCACUCUCUUUGGAAGUGUGCAUGAGAACCUUCCUGCAACGGGAAGCAUGCUUCUUCCAAGCACAGGAAGCAUUUCCAGUAUGAUUGGAAAUCAAGGUAGAACUGAAAAUUGGGAUGAAGAGAACCCAAGGGAUGAUGAAGACUCUGCGGUAGAAAAUGCAGAUUCCGAUGACAAUUUGCAAAGCCCCUUGUUGUCUCCGCAAGAGUCUAGUGUAGAAAAGGAUGAUGCCCGUCCUGCCAAUAGCAGCAUAUUAAGCAUCAGGCGCAAUACCAGCCUCUUCUACCCUGGGGAUGAAGCUUCUAUGGGUAUAAUUGGUGGUGGUUGGCAAUUGGCAUAUAAAUAUUCCGAGAGGACAGGUGAAGAUGGCAGAAAGGAAGGAGGGAUUCAAAGGAUGUAUUUGAAACAGGAAGCUCCGGUUGGUUCUCAGCGAGGGUCGUUCCUUUCAGCUACUGCUUCUGUUGAUCAUGAAGAAGCCGAACAUGUACAAGCUUCUGCUUUGGUCAGCCAAACUGCUAUUCGCUCUAGGCAAGUUCUUGGUCAGAUUCCAGAUGUAGCAUCAGACAUUCAACCAUCACAAACAGCUGAUAAAAUUCCAAGCUUUGGCGAUCUUUUUGAACCUGGAGUUAAGCGUGCAUUGAUUGUUGGUGUAAGCCUUCAGAUGCUUCAACAGGUCUCUGGUAUAAAUGGGGUUCUUUACUACACUCCUCAGAUUCUUGAGCAAGCAGGUGUGGCUGUUCUUUUAUCAAAUAUGGGCUUGAAAUCAGACUCAGCAUCUCUCCUCACUAGUCUACUCGCUUCCUUCUUAAUGCUUCCUUGCAUAGUGAUAGCCAUGAGGCUAAUGGAUGUAACUGGCAGAAGGUCAAUACUACUGUACACAAUCCCAGUGUUGAUUGUAUCACUCCUUGCUUUAGUCCUAAGCAAUGUCGUGAAUGUUGGGUCAACUUUGCAUGCAAUAAUUUCUGCAGCAAGUGUUAUAUCUUAUAUAAGCUUCUUCGUGAUGGGGUUUGGGCCGGUUCCCAACAUCUUCUGUUCAGAGAUAUUCCCAACCAGCAUUCGUGGACUCUGCAUCACAAUAUGUGCUCUCACAUAUUGGAUUGGAGACCUGACAAUCACUUACUUGAUUCCUGUUAUGCUCAACUCCAUUGGCCUUUCUGGUGUUUUCACAUUCUUUGCCUUCUGGUGCAUCAUAUCCUGGAUUUUUGUUUUCUUGAAGGUUCCUGAAACAAAGGGCAUGCCCCUAGAAGUCAUUUCUGAGUUCUUUGCUGUGGGUGCAACUGCCAUCCCCAAAAAUGACUGAUUGAUUACAGGUAACAGAGCCAACAAGUGUAAAACAAUGUGUUGAAUCUAGCACAUGAGGAUUGUUUCACAUUAUCUGCAUCUUCUUUUGUUUUGUGUUUUUUCUAUUACAAGCUUACGUUGGGUGCAGCUGUAGUUGAACUACUUUUCGUAAAACAUGUUUAGAUAGUUAAUGGUGUGAAUGAGCUGAAAAUUGCUAUUGCCAA